UUUGCCUAAAAUGUUUAACCACACUCUACAGUUCACCUAAAAAAGAUAACACACCAUAUCUUAAAAUCCCAUUUCUAUAACCCUCCACCCUUCCAUAACCUUUCCCUCUGAAUCCCAUUCCCACCACCUCCCUCCUCCACCCACCACCACUUCUUAGCCCCAAGAAAAUGAACUCAAUCCUCUCUACUCUCCAAUACUGGUUAGUGAACCACCCUUCAAUCCUCCACUUCUCAUGGACCCCAGGACACACCCUCGGCUCCACCCCUCAAUUCCUCUUCUUCACAAUCCUCACCUAUCUUUCCCUCACUUUCCUCCUCUCCUAUUUUUCCUUCCCUAGUUCCCUUGGAUCCCACAUUCUAAAACCACUCUCUGCCAUCCAUAGCCUCACUCUUUUCCUCCUUUCCUUCAUCAUGGCCCUUGGUUGCACCUUAUCCAUCAUCUUCCACACUCCUCAUCUCCAACACAUUAUUUGCUUCCCUCCUCACGUUUCACCAUCUGGGCCCCUCUUUUUCUGGGCCUACAUCUUCUACCUCUCGAAAAUUCUUGAAUUCUUGGAUACCCUUUUGAUCAUUCUCAGUAAUUCAAUUCAAAGGUUGACAUUUCUCCACGUCUACCAUCAUGCUACUGUGGUUAUUAUGUGUUAUUUGUGGCUUAAUACUUGCCAAUCUUUGUUCCCUGUCGCUUUGGUGACUAAUGCAAUUGUUCAUGUGCUGAUGUACUAUUACUAUCUAUGGUGUGCAAUGGGUGUGCGACCCAAGUGGAAAAGAUUGGUCACUGAUUGCCAGAUUGUGCAAUUCGUGUUUAGUUUUGGAAUUUCUGGUUUGAUGCUGUACUACCAUUUCACUGGAUUAGGUUGCUCUGGAAUAUGGGCUUGGUGCUUCAAUGCUGUUUUCAACGCUUCCCUUUUGGUUCUUUUUAUUGACUUUCAUGGGAAGAGCUAUGCCAAGAAGAAGAAGAUGCAUCAUGAUAAAGAUAAACGGCCAUGAUUUGAAGGAGAAAGAAAGGCAAUAUAUAUCUAAGCAUGGAAUAUCAUCAAGAUACAUUAUAUAUUUUGUUCGA